GUCUGAUCGUGAUGGUACUUAUUAGAAGAAAAUMUAGUCUUUUGACUCGUGCGCCAUGGCUCGACAUACGUUUACCAUUCUCUGUACCAUGCAGAUUGUCAUUGGAUUGCUAAUGUUCUCAUUUGGGAUCGCUGAUCGUGCAGCCAUUGAACUUCAGUGUAGCUUUCUCAUGCUACCGAUUUGGAUUGGAGCAUUGGCUGGAAUUCUUGGCUUUUAUAGUCUUAUUGUUGGACGCCAGAACAAACGUCAAGGCUUUGCKGAUGUUGAUGCAGGAUCAGCCAUCAAAGUUGUCAGCAUAAUAUGUGUUGGACUUUCCUUCCUUGCGUUUUAUAUGUACGGUUCUGCGCUAAGYUAUGUUGGUUUGCKUGAAGCCUACAACUAUCGUCAGGAAUUGAACUAUCCAACUGGAGCGCCAUUACCRAAUCUACCAAGUCCACUUUGGUAUAACAAUUCUGAUACAAUUCAAGGUAUAUUUUCAGUAGUAGUGAUCUUAUGCUUUGCUGAGAUGUUUGUUGGUUGUUGGCUGGCUMUAAUAGAUAGAAAUCAAAUGGUAUAUGGAUCUUCCAAUCAACCAUUAAGAGUGAGUAUGAUUUUUCGUAGUUAUUGA